AUUGCUUACACAAUCGAAGUGUGUGUAUUCAAUAUCCAUCCCUCAAUGGAGGCACUGCUCCAUGGUUCAUCUCCUUCACCUUCUUAUCUUCUCCCUAAGCUUCCAAAAACUACGAUGAUAUUCGGUAACUGCGUUAGGUUCAAUUUCAAUUACAACCCCUGCUUCUUAUUCGCAAAUGGGUGCCCUUCUUCUUCUUUAUUGCGACUCCAUGUUCAAAAUAAGUCCAGAAAAGUAGCAUCAGUGAUUGUUAAUGCCCGCAAGAAAGAUAAGAAAGAAGAUAGCCAUAGCUCUGCACCAAAACCUGACGAGGCCACAGGUUUCUUUCCUGAAUCUGUGCUCCUUAAAAAGAGAACGGUUGAGGAAGAUGGCAAGCUUCUCCCAGAGUUUUUAGAUGCUGAAGAGAGACAACUUUUUGAAUCGCUGAUGCUUGAACUGGAAAGUGAUAUGAAUGUUGAAAUACUGCGCCACUAUGAAGUUGUUUACUUAAUUCAUGAGAAGCAUGAAGAUGAGGUUGCUGCUGUCAAUGAAAAAGUUCAAGAAUUUUUUAGAGAGAAGAAAGGGACGGUGUGGAGACUAAAUGAUUGGGGUAUGAGAAGGCUAGCUUACAAAAUAAAGAAAGCUAAUAAUGCCCGCUACAUUUUGAUGAACUUCGAGUUGGAUGCCAAAUAUAUCAACGAUUUCAAGACUCUGCUGGACCAAGAUGAAAGAGUUAUUCGGCAUCUCGUGAUAAAGAGGGAUGAGGCAAUCACUAAAGAUUGCCCUCCUCCUCCUGAGUUUCAUACACUGCGUGCAAAUGCAGGUGAUGAUGAUGAGGAUGAUGAAGAAUUUGAUGAAGAUUACGAUAAUGAUGAGGAUGGUAAAGAUGAGAUGGAUGGCUAUGAUGAUGAUGAUGAUGGUGGCAGAGAUGAUAUUAUUGUUAUUGACGGGGAUGAUGAUGAUACAGAUUCUAGAAAUGAGACAUCAGCAAAUGUUAGACAGCCAGAUACUAGAAAAUUGUGGGCUGAGAAUGUAGGAAGGUAGGUGUUGUCUUUUAUCCUUGAUUCUUUUGUUUCUUUAGGAAUGUAGAACAAUUCUAAACCUUAUGGUUUUAAAUAUAUGGAGAUCAAUGGUAUUAGGAUGUUGUGUUUCCUUAUAAUAUUAAAUUCUAAGAUCUUUGUAUGAUUGGCAACACAGGGGGUAACUAGCUGAU